AUGAUUAUGACACAUUGGAUACCACAACAAAAGCUGCUUACGACGCUUCAAUCCUCUCAAAGUAGAAAGGAGACAGUCAAAGAUUCAGUGGUAAGUAAUGGCGCUCAAAUUGUGUUACGAUCUCCAAGUACAAAAGAGUGGCCGAGGAUUGAUUUUCUUCAGGAAAGACUUCAGCCAACAAGUGUGAGAGAAACCAUUGGACUGGAACUUAGUCAUCCAUUGACAAACUGUCUACGUGAUCUAAAAGCUUAUUUAAUUAAUGACAAUGAUGUUCUUCGGAUGUAUCAGGAGAACGUUAUAAGUCGGUUACGAUGUUCCGCUACUGCGAAUGGAACACUAAGCAGAUAUUCCCGUAGCUUAAACAAACUUGAGAGCAACUUGCACCUUGUGGUCCAUGGCUUUUUGACGAUUGGUGCAGGUUUAUCUCAACCAAAAGAACUUCAGCACUUUUUGGAAUAUUUAUUUACCCGCGUCGUGCGUGUUUUACAUAAUUGCGUGAUGACCAAGUCGUUGCUUGAUAAAAUAUUUACCGCGUUAAUUGAUGCGCUCAUUGAGCUGGACGUGUGGUAUCUGAACGGACAAGAAUCACUUGGUUUGAUGCUAUCAAGUUGGGACCGUUUUUUAAGUGUUUGCCGUGCUAUUGUGCUUCAAGUUUAUGAUCGCUGCCAAUUUUCGACCACUUCACAAGUUUUAUCUGACGAAGAUGUAGAGGAGAUGAGGAAUGAUGCGAUAGCAAACGCCUUUGAGUCACAAGGUAAUUGA